CUGGUACUGACAGUGACUACUGUGAUUAGUUUCAUCAAUGCCCUUCAUCUUGUAUAUAAUUUUUCAUUUGACCAGAAUACAUUUUAAUUGGUAUGAAAAAAUUUCAACCUUACUUUGAAAGGAAAAAGAAAAACAUAAUUCACUAAUUGAGGAAAUUCAAAGUGGAAUCAUGAGAUAUGAAUCCGUACCACGGGAUCUAACAAUGGUUAAAAAGCACUCGGUGACCGAAAUAAAUAUAUUCCAGACUUGAGGGAGACAAAAAGAAGUAAUUUUGUUUUUGAAGACAAGAAAUAAAAGAGAAAUAAUUAAAAGAACAGAACACAACAGAAGCUGCUCUUUUGUCCGAAGCUUCUUCCUUUCUCUUUCUCCAACAUUUCUUCUCUCUGCAAGUAAAUUAUAAACCAAAGUAAACAAAAUCAGCUUCUUCUUUUUUGUAAUAAUUGUUAUUUAUUUUCUCUCUGCAAGUAAAUUAUUCCUCUUUGCUUUAAUCUUCAAGAAACAUGCCUUCUUUUGCUUUUGGAUCUCCUCAUCACCAUUUGGCGACUCCCGGAGGCGGAGACUCGCCUUACUCCGUCGAAGUUAGCAUCGACGGCGACUCCUCCGACUUGGAUUCCUUGUCUGAAGUCGAUUUAGAGAGCGGUGGUGUGACGUCUCCUGUGAAGAAGCUACAUUCUGGUGGUGGUAAGAGGAGGGCGAGGAGGAGAAAGACAAAGAAGAAGAGGAAAGAAGGUGGAGAUUGCAGGAUCUGUCAUCUGCCUUUAGAGGCUAACAAAGAAGAUGAACAAGAAGAAGAAAACGAAGCAAGAGAAGGUGAAGAAGAAGAGUAUUAUGGGCUGCCUUUGCAAUUGGGUUGCUCUUGUAAAGGUGAUUUGGGUGUAGCUCACAGCAAGUGUGCUGAAACUUGGUUCAAGAUUAAAGGAAACAUGACAUGUGAGAUAUGCGGCGCAAUGGCUAUAAACGUUGCUGGCGAACAGUCAAACCAAGAGAGCAACGCCUCUGCCCAUUCACAAACAACUGCAGGACAAACUCAGACAGAGGCACGGGGAACCUGGCAUGGUCGCCGUGUUAUGAACUUCUUACUUGCCGUUGUGAUCUUUGCGUUCAUUGUUUCUUGGCUUUUUCAUUUCAAAGUCCUGAAGUGAAACAAAUUUCAUCUCACUCACUCUCUUUCUUCUCCUGUUCUUGAACCCUUGCUGUCACUAAAUUAGUCCCUCUUGUCGCUUGAUUGUUCACACGUUUUGUAGCUGUAUAAACUUAGUCUGAAACUCAA